ACCAGAGAGAUAUAGAUAUAGUUGAGAAGUACAGUAAACAUGGACUCUGACGCCACUAACAGAUUUAUUCCGGAAUAUCGUCGUACUCAAUUCAAGAAUAAAGGAAGAUUCCAAUCCGAUGAAUUAAGAAGAAGACGUGAAACUCAUCAAGUUGAUUUGAGAAAACAAAAAAGAGAAGAAGUUUUAGCCAAGAGAAGAAAUUUCCAUAAUGAAACCAAUGCAGGAGGUGCUGAUUCUGAAGACGAAGAUGAAUACUCUCCUAAUAACGAUGAAAGUCAAUUCUAUAAUAAGUUAAAGCAAGAUUUACCCAAGAUGAUUGAAAUGAUACAAGCUCCUGAUUUCGAUAAUCAAUUAGCUGCCACCGUUAAGUUUCGUCAAAUUUUGUCUCGGGAACACAAUCCUCCUAUUGAUUUGGUUAUCCAAUCCGGUGUUGUUCCUACAUUAGUUGAAUUCAUGAAGGAUGACCAUCCAGAAAUGUUACAAUUAGAAGCUGCUUGGGCUUUGACUAAUAUUGCCUCCGGUAAUUCGACUCAAACUAGAGUUGUUGUUGAAGCUAAUGCCGUGCCAUUAUUUGUUCAAUUAUUAUAUUCUAAUUCAUUGGAAGUUAAAGAGCAAGCUAUUUGGGCCUUGGGUAACGUUGCUGGUGACUCUUCUGAUAAUAGAGAUUAUGUUUUAAGUUGUAAUGCUAUGGAACCAGUAUUGGCAUUAUUCAACUGUACCAAGAUGUCUUUGAUCAGAACUGCUACUUGGACUUUAUCUAAUUUAUGUCGUGGUAAGUCUCCUCAACCUGAUUGGAAUAUUGUAUCUCAAGCAAUUCCAACUUUGGCCAAACUUAUUUAUUCCGUUGAUACUGAAACCUUAGUUGAUGCAUGUUGGGCAGUUUCAUAUUUAUCCGAUGCUACUUCUGAAGCUAUUCAAGCAGUUAUUGAUGCUCGUAUCCCACAUCGUCUUGUUGAGUUGUUAGGUCAUGAAUCUACCUUGAUCCAAACACCAGCCUUAAGAGCAUUGGGUAAUAUUGUUACUGGUUCUGAUUUACAAACUCAAAUUGUUAUCAAUGCUGGGUUCUUACCUGCAUUGGCUCCAUUAUUAAACUCUCCCAAGGAAACUAUCAGAAAAGAAGCUUGUUGGACAAUUUCAAACAUUACUGCUGGUACUACUGACCAAAUCCAAGCAGUUAUUGAUGCCAACUUAAUCCCUCAAGUUAUCAGAUUAUUAAUUCAUGGAGAUUACAAAACUAAAAAAGAAGCAUGUUGGGCCAUUUCCAAUGCAUCUUCUGGAGGUUUAAGUAGACCGGAUCAAAUUAGAUACUUGGUCAGUCAAGGAUGUAUUAAGCCAUUGUGUGAUUUAUUAGCUGUGGCUGAUUCUAAAAUAAUUGAAGUUACUUUAGAUUCUUUAGAAAACAUUUUAAAGAUGGGGGAAAUGGAUAAGGAACACCGUGGAAGUAGUGUUAAUGAAAAUGCAUUAUAUAUUGAAGAAGCAGGUGGUAUGGAAAAGAUUUUUGAAUGUCAAAGCAAUCCAAAUGAAAAGAUUUACAAGAAGGCUUAUCAAAUAAUUGAAAAGUAUUUCUCAGAAGAUGAUGAUCAAAUCGAUGAUGAAAGUGUUGCUCCUCAAACUUAUGGAAAUGCAUUCGGUUUUGGUCUUGAUCAAUCUCAACAACAACAACAACAACAAAAUUUCCAAUUUUAACGUUGUUUGUGUCUGCUUUUUUGAAAAAAUCUCUAAUAGUCUAUAUAUAUAUAUUUCUCUGUACUUUUUCAUCCAUCUCUGAUUAUUCGUUUUUUUGCUUUCGUUAUUUCGGGGUUCUCUGCAUUUCUCUUAAUAUACAUAUCUCUUA